CCCGGGGAGAGGAUGGUGCAGAAAUCCCGCAACGGAGGCGUGUACCCGGGUGCGACCGGAGAGAAGAAGCUGAAAGUGGGGUUCGUUGGGCUGGAUCCAGGCGCCCCGGAUUCCAACCGGGAUGGGGCGCUGCUGAUCGCCGGCUCGGAGAGCACCAAGCGGGGCAGCAUCCUGAGCAAGCCCCGCUCCGCGAUCUCCGGGACGGGGAAGCCCCCCAAAAGGAAUGCCUUUUACCGCAAGCUGCAGAAUUUCCUCUACAACGUGCUGGAGAGACCCCGCGGCUGGGCUUUCAUCUACCACGCCUACGUUUUUCUCCUAGUUUUCUCCUGCCUGGUACUAUCUGUCUUUUCAACCAUCGAUGAAUAUCAGGACAGCUCUGAAGGGGCUCUCUACAUACUGGAAAUAGUCACCAUCGUGGUGUUUGGUGUGGAAUACUUUGUGAGAAUCUGGGCUGCCGGUUGCUGCUGUCGAUACCGGGGCUGGAGAGGAAGGUUAAAAUUUGCCCGCAAACCCUUCUGCGUCAUUGACAUCAUGGUGCUGAUUGCCUCCAUUGCCGUUCUGGCAGCGGGAUCCCAAGGGAAUGUCUUUGCCACCUCGGCUCUCAGGAGUUUGCGGUUCCUGCAGAUAUUGCGCAUGAUACGAAUGGACCGUAGAGGCGGCACCUGGAAGCUGCUGGGGUCUGUGGUCUAUGCCCACAGCAAGGAGCUGAUUACUGCCUGGUAUAUUGGCUUCCUGUGCCUCAUUCUGGCCUCUUUCCUGGUGUACUUGGCCGAGAAAGGAGAAAAUGAGCACUUUGAUACAUACGCAGAUGCGCUCUGGUGGGGCCUGAUUACACUCACCACCAUCGGCUAUGGGGACAAGUAUCCACAGACCUGGAAUGGGCGUCUCCUGGCUGCAACUUUCACCCUCAUCGGGGUUUCCUUUUUUGCCCUCCCUGCUGGCAUUUUAGGUUCUGGCUUUGCCCUGAAGGUUCAAGAACAGCAUCGGCAAAAGCACUUUGAGAAGAGGCGAAACCCUGCAGCGGGCCUGAUUCAGGCUGCUUGGAGGUUCUAUGCCACCAACCUCUCUCGAACUGACCUGCACUCUACCUGGCAGUACUAUGAACGGACAGUCACCGUUCCCAUGUACAGCUCGCAAACGCAAACCUAUGGUGCCUCCAGACUCAUCCCACCUCUGAACCAGCUGGAACUCCUCAGGAACCUGAAGAGCAAAUCGGGACUGACUUUCAGGAAAGAGCAGCAGCCUGAGCCAUCACCCAGUAAAAGCAAACCAUGCAGAGAGUCACUAUGUGGAUGCUGCUCAGGAAACUCUAGUCAGAAGGUCAGCCUGAAAGACCGUGUCUUCUCCAGUCCCCGAGGUUCUGGAACUAAAGGGAAAAGCUCUCCUCAGGCUCAGAGCCUCCGGAGAUCCCCCAGCGCUGAUCAGAGCAUUGACGAUAGCCCUAGCAAAGUGCCCAAAAGCUGGAGCUUUGGAGACCGGAGCCGAGCCCGGCAAGCAUUCCGGAUCAAGGGAGCUGCGUCUCGACAGAACUCUGAAGAAGCAAGCCUCCCUGGAGAAGACAUUCCCGAUGAUAACAAAAGCUGCAACUGCGAGUUUGUGACGGAAGAUUUAACGCCGGGACUUAAAGUCAGCAUCAGGGCAGUGUGCAUCAUGAAAUUUCUUGUUUCCAAACGGAAGUUCAAGGAGAGCCUUCGGCCUUACGAUGUGAUGGAUGUCAUCGAGCAGUACUCAGCCGGUCACUUGGACAUGCUCUCUCGGAUUAAAAAUCUCCAGUCCAGGAUAGAUAUGAUUGUGGGUCCCCCGCCCCCUUCAACUCCCCGGCAUAAGAAGUAUUCAACCAAAGGACCCAUGCUCUCUUCCAAAGAGUCACCCCAAUACUUGCCUAGAGUGGACCAGAUUGUUGGACGAGGGACAUCAAUGACCGACAAGGAUCGAACCAAAGGGUCAGCAGAGGGGGAGCUUCCAGAAGACCCAAGCAUGAUGGGCAGGCUUGGAAAAGUUGAAAAGCAGGUUCUGUCCAUGGAGAAGAAGCUGGACUUUCUGGUGAACAUUUACAUGCAGAGGAUGGGUAUCGCACCAACGGAAGCCGAAGCCUAUUUUGGGUCCAAAGAACCAGACCCGGCGCCACCCUACCACAGUCCAGAAGACAGCCGGGAGCACAUGGACAAAAAUGGCUGCAUCAUCAAGAUCAUAAGGUCCACCAGUUCAAUGGGACAAAAGAAUUUCUCUGCACCACCAGCCCCAACAAUGCCAACCAACACAUGUCCCCCUUCAACGUCCUGGCAGCACCAGCCAUACCAGCGGCAUAGCCAUGGAUCCUCCCCAGUUGGAGAUCCUGGCUCUUUGGUAAGAAUCCCGCCCCCACCGUCACAUGAGCGCUCCUUGUCUGCUUACAGUAGCGGGAACAGGGCCAGUGCCGAGUACUUAAAGAACGAAGACAUUACAGCUAAACACCAUGAUAGCGCCUUGAGAGACAGCGACACGUCCAUUUCCAUCCCGUCGGUGGAUCACGAGGAACUGGAACGCUCUUUUAGUGGAUUUAGCAUUUCUCAGUCCAAAGAAAAUUUGGACAUCCUUAACAACGGUUGCUAUGCAGCAGUGGCCCCCUGUGCCAAAAUCAGACCCUACAUUGCAGAAGGAGAGUCAGACACUGAUUCUGACCUCUGCACACCUUGUGGUCCACCUCCCAGAUCAGCCACAGGUGAAGGACCUUUCAGUGACAUGGGCUGGUCAGCCCCUAGACAGUGAAGCAUCUUGACAUCUAUUGCGCCAAGUCAGAGCACUGGCCAUUCGCCCACUCAUGCCGUCCCCAUGUCGAACUUCUGGAGAAGAUCUACAGCUAAGGUUUUAUGAAUCCAGAAUGUACUUAGCUUGUGGAUAUUUUCUUACAGCUUACUCUGGGGACAGACACUGAGCCAGCAUUCAGUAGAAAGAGGCCACUGUGGUGAAUAAUUCAGAGCCUUGAAGUGUCUGGAUUUCUUUCAUACUAUCUUUCUAAGAUAAUUAGGUGAAACGAUGUCACAGUACAGGGUAGGCAAUCACAUUUCUUGGUAAUCCUUUAAGGUACAGGGCACAAAUAUCACCUGCAAGGUGGGUUUGUUUUUUUGGAGGGGGGAGGGAGUGGGUUAACUGGUGACUGAACAUAUCUUUUACAUGCUAAUUACCAUACCAUGACACUGGGUGAUUACACAGUCAAAUACUUUGGAGUUGCAUCGCAAAUACAUGAUUGUUUCUGCCUUGUAAAACAUUCCAGGUUACAUGAUGAUUACUUUUGAAUUUAUGGAAUGUGAUCCUCCAUUAGCCAUUCGGGAAUGUAGUGUAAUUACUGUAUAAUACAUGGAAACUCCGUUGGCUCUUGACAAAUUGGGGUGUUUACAUUCACGUUACGGUAUUGCCCUAAGAAGACAUAUGCUGUCAGGAUGAGUCAAGGUAGAAUGUUAGCAGGCACCAUUUGGAACCAGAAUGAUUUUCAAAUUAAAUUUGUCACAGGGCUUAGGUGGAGGAGGAAGGUCAGAGACACAAAAUGUGUCUUUGAAGGCAAAGAAGAACACCACACAGGGCGGGGGAUAAGGCAUUUUACAUUUAAACCAUGUAUUAUAUUUAAUAGUGUACCCGCCAAGCUGUACAGAACGGGAAGCCAUAAUUCCACCUACGGGAUUUUAGUAACUUGAGGUUGCUCUCAUAAUUUUUUAUAUUGUCAGCAGCACUGUGGUGAACUUACAGCCACAAGAGACACCCUGUAAGAGGGACGUUACUUGAGAUCAUGGCAAGGAACGAGAGCACCAGCAGCGGCUGGGCCCCGUAACUCAAAAUAUUGACCAUUUUGUACAUCAUUCGCAUUAUGCCUGGAUGCUUUUGCAUGCACCAGACUCCCAGCAAAGUUCCUUUCUCCUUUCCUCCACUACCUGAUCCUGGAUCACAAAGCUAUGACUUCUCCAUUGUUUUGUUUAGAUCCUUCAUGCUGAGUCCCAAAGUGCUUCCUUGUUUCCUCCUGUUUUGUUUUUUUUAAUACACCUGUGGUCUGUAUUUAUCCACAAAUGCAGGUGAUGGAAGUCUUUCUAUUUUUUCUCUUUCUCUCCCUCUUGAAAAGCCAGGUAAAGAUCAUGUCAUCGUUACUGGCGCAUGAAGCUGGGGGAAAACUGAUGAAGCAGAAGGUUUCUUUCAGGACCAAAACGAAGUCACAAAGUGGUCCUUUCCUGUCACAGAGCUGCAGGGGUCGCUCAAGGGGAUGGGUCAUAGGAAAUCUGCUGGUGCAUUAUGAGAUCUACAGCCAGGGCUGCAACACACAACAGCCAUUGCCAUGUCCACCAAAUCCACCCAUUUAACUAGAGCCCUACACCUUGCGUGUUUUCUGAAGCUAUUUGUGUCCCUCGCUCCUCCACCCUCCCUCCCCCCCCGCCAAUGUCAAUGGCCAGUUUUCAUGAUAUUUUAAAUAUACGGCAUGCCCCCAUUUCCCUUAGGCCUCGCUGCACCUAAUACAGGUACAAUCCCUCCAUUUUGUAAGGUUGACCUGCUGGUGGUGAAAGGAGAAACCUAGUGUGUUCGUUCCUUCUGGUCAUUAGGAGAAGCAGCCUGGGAAGCGAAGGAGGGAAAAGACAAAUUUAGGCAUAACGCACUAUAUUUCAGUGGUAUCAGUGUGUGUGUUGGGGGGCGGGGGGGUGGAUUUGCACACAAUCUGGCAGCCAUAAAACACCACCUAGAGGGAAACAUACAGCUCUUGUCCAGGAACUCAAUGUGAUUCCACAAGAGUCUCUAUAAUGUGAAGUCUUUCAAAUGAGAUUUGAGGACUUCAGUAGCUCAGUCAGAGGUUACCUAUUGCAGGAGUGGGUGAGGGAGGUUUUUAUGGCCUGCAGUGUGAAGGAGGUCAGAGAAGACGAUUAUGAUGGUCUUUUCUGGCCUUAAAGUCUAUAAGCCUGUGAGAUUCAGCCACCAGGGCAGGAAAUCCCCUACUGAACAGGUGGGUCUUUACGGCUUCUGGAGGGAAAAUAAAAUAAUUCUUGUAUACAUUUAAUCAGGGGCAAUAUGCAGCACUUGUCUGAGUGUGGUGGGGGAAAAUGAUAUGUAAUCUUCAGAUCCAAUUAGCCUCAGUAUAUAAGUGAGAGAGAGAUAACCUCUUUUUAGGGGGUCCUGUGCAUCUGUGUCUUCAAGGAUAGAGAGGAGGGACCUUUACAGGGUCAGAGCUUCCUCCCCGUUCCUGCCGUGUUCUGCAAUUCUUUCUUCCCCACUCAAGCUGCCUGGAGCCUUCUUUUGCCUCUAGAAUUCUGAAUUCUGAGUAGCCCCUGUGAUGUAUCUAGCUAAAAGAAAUUACUGUAUGAUACACCUAACCUCUAUACGAGUGUUUGCUUUGAAUUUGGAAUUAUCAUACAUUAAAAUCCAUAUUUAUAAAGGGCAGCUUAUUCCCACGCUCUCUUUAAACUCACUUGGCCUGACUUUCAUAACACGUGGCCCGCAGGCUACAGUUAAGUGGAAAAUUGCUGCAAAUGAAUGUGUAAAUCUGGCUUUUGCACAUGCAGCUGUAUUUAAGCAUGUUCAAAAAAAAGCGUGUAUAUAGGUGAGCACAAAAAUGCUGGCAAACUCCAGUGGGGUCCUCAGAGAUGCAUUUGCUGAUGGACCACUAGAAAUGCACCCAUGAUAUCUGCAGGUGAUUCCGUUUACUUAUGCAAAAAUAUGCAUUUGCAUAGCUGACUGCUCAGCUGUAAACAGUUACCCAAUUCGAGGAACACAUGUGCUUUUGCACAUGCAAGUAAACCUAGGGUAUGUCUACACAGCAAAGAAAAACUCGUAGCUCAGUUUUAGUGGAUUUCCUCCAUGUUUACAAUGUUGUAACUCAGAACAGAAUUUGGACCUAAUUGAUGGGUUUUUUGCUCAUCCACUUACAUAGUUUUUCUCAUUGCAAAUUCCAGUCUAAUCGUCCCCGUGACUCUUCACGUGAUCCUUCUGUCUCCAUUCCUUCCCCGACUCCUAUUGCAUAUGCAGUUGCUGGAGAGUCAGUAAUGCAGCAUUUUCUCAGUUUGAUGGUUUAGAAACAUUAAUUUUUUGGAGAGAAGGUUUGAUUUUUGGCUCAUAAAUGUCCUCCAAUGAGAAAUGCAAAGUAAACCUUCUCCCCUGUGCCUCACUGCUGCUUAGCCUGUGUAUAGCAUCUGUUGUACCUCUGUGUUUCUAGCUAUAUGAUCUCUGUACACUCAAACACAGAAACUAGUUUUAGGAUAUGCUAAGUUGUGAACAAACCCAAGAAAAGCUAGGAAAUUCAAAGUUAAUAACACUGUUCCAGACAAGCUGUGAGCCAAAUUUUCAAUGGGCCUUCUUAUCUGCACCUGUGGUAUUUGCAGCCAUGUCUGUUUGGGCAUACAGAAGCUGUGUGUGUGUCCACAUGCAUGCAUAAGAAGAAGAAAUAUUCUUAAAACAAAACCCAGAAUCUGAACCCCAGGAAACUUUGGAAGUUUUCAAAAUCUGGUCCCAGAUCUUGUUUUGAAUGUUGCAAAUGUCCCCCAUCUUUGUAAUGGGCCAGCUCAAAAACUGGGUAUGAAACCAUACUGAAUUUGAAGGUGUUCAAAAUCCAUGUUGGAAUGCAAAUGUUGCAGUUUGUGCACAUCUGACAAAGAACUGAGGUUGCAGACAUCACAAGCUCAGUCCAGAGAAGGCCUUUGGAGACUAUGGUGCUGAGAUGGAAGAGUGGAGCACCAGCCCAAAGUUGAAUUUCCCAAUAAUUGGGAAAGGACUUUAACAUUAUUUAAAUAUAGAUUUUGUAUGUGAAUUUCCUUGCUGGCUCAUUUUCUUAACAUUACUUUCUAAACAAACAAAAAAUGUCAAGGAAAUUAAUGAAAAACGUUGUUUAACCCAGAGAGCCAUUGCAGGUACUUAGGCAAAUCAUGUAAUGAAUCAGGUACAUAAAAAUUAAUUUUUAAAGCAGCUUCAUGGAUUCAGGUAUCUUCAGCAGGGUCAUUUCUAUUUGCAGGGUAAAUAGGGAUAUUCAUACAUUUUUUAAAAAUGAUUUUUACCCUACCAGUCAAUUAGAAAUAAAAAAAAAUCAGAAUAUUUAAAUAGCAUUAAAAUUUCUGGCAUAAUUGGAACAAAUGGGGAAAUCUAAAGUCAGGGCUGAAACGUCAGCUUUACAUCCUGCUGGAAUGACUCUGUGGCAGCAAGACUCUUAUCUACAGCAAGAAUUUGCUCUGAUUUUAGCCAUGCUUCAAGCAAAGGGAAGCCGUGCCAGUGCAGAUAUGGCUCUUCAUGUCUACACUUCAGGUUCAGUGGCUGGGAUCAGGUUAAAUUCCCAGUGCAGUCAAGACUGGUGAGCCAUAGUCUGCCCUGAGAUGUAUACCAGGCAAAGUCAGUGACAAAUAAACACGCGCUUCCAAGAUAGAAUUUGGCCCUACGAUUUUGAAUGACCUGGCUUUCAGUUUGGUCAGAAACCUAAUGUCAUUUAAACAAAGCUUUUAACUUGAGCAUGUUGUUGUGUUUAGUUGGAAAUUUGAUGGGAAAAGGUCAGCAGAAUUUCUUAAGAGUCAUACUACUUAAACUAUUUAAAUAUGCUAAUUAAAAUGUAAAAAGUGUAAUAUUUACCCAAGACAGAAGAGCGUUGCGCCACAUCUUUCUUACAUCCCUGAAUGAAGAAUUUUGAAUUUUUGUGGUGUUUACACUCCCUACUCCGUGAUCCUUGUGUUUUCAGUUGUCCAAACAGCAUUACGGCUCUUCCUGAACCAAGCAGAGACGGUGCUUUUCAGCAAUGUCAGCUAUUUCUGACACCCCACAAAGAAGUUGAGUGCCCUACCUUGCAGAGAUACUGUUGUCCCAAAGAAGAACAUAACAAAGGAUUAGAAGGGACCUCUAGGGUAAUGGAAUCCAGUCCCCAUCACUGCAGACAACGACAUAAUAUAAUCCCUUUCAUAAACAUAUCAAGCUCCAGUUUAGAACCAAUUAGGCUUCUUGCCCCCACUACUUCCUGGUGAUUGGAGACAAGGUCUAGGAGUAGAAGCAGGUCAUCAGAUGGAGCUCCAGGGAGCUAUUAUAUGAAAGAGCGAGUGGUGAGGUGGGGAUCGCUGUCUCUAAGACUUUGUCCCUCUCUAGAUACCAUUAUACCCAAUCCUACCGGCAAUGACUUUUGCCCCGGGUUCAUCAAGGUAUUUCUUGAGGGAAAAAAGUAGUUUUUCUUUGGAAUGUAUUAAACAUCAGGCAUAUCCAAAAAAAGUUAUUGGGGUAGAAUGCACACAUUCCCUUCCACAAAAGCUCCAACCCGUUCUCCAUCAACCACUUCAUUCCAACACUGGCGACUGGGGUUGUUGUACUUAUGAAGAAUGCGGCGCCCAAAGGCUGCUCCAGUUGAGCACGGAAAUGAUGUGUGGGACUGUAUAAUGUGCCUGGCAGACCAGGAAUGCUUCUACUGCACAUUUAAAAUAAAUAAUAGCAAU